AUGGAGGUGCGCGAACCCCUGUCCAGUCUUCAGACGAAUCGACCCCCCCCCCAGGUGUCACUAAAUACGCGUCUCCUUGGGGGACUUCUCUACGGCGGCCUUGCUGACUGGGUUGCCAAUCUCCCCGGAUACCAGUACAAGGUUCUGGAGGAGGAGGAGGAGGAGGAGGAGGAAGAGGAGGAGGAGGAGGAGGAAGAGAAGGAGGAGAGGGUCCUGUUUCCUUGUCUUGUUCAGACUGCGGGUUAUGCAUCACUUCACGGAGGGACUCGCAUUGCCUCCUCCGGCUCCUCGUUACCUUACUUGAGACGUCGGCAAGAACGCAUUAUGCAAAAAGGGUAG